CGUUGACGCAGCUGCUCGACCGGAUGUGUUUUCCUUAAAUCGAACCGCUUUUAUUUUUCUAGUGUGGCUAACGGCUGUUAUCAUUCAGAACUACAAGCUUUACUGAACGCGGUUCAGUGGAUAUAUAACAUUUUCAAAACGUGUAUUCUUUGUGUUUCUUUCAUACUAUUUCAACGAUCUGAAUAUUAAAUUUGAGAAAUGUCCAGGCGAAGGCACAGCGAUGAGGGUGAUGCCGGCGCUCAGCCUCACAAACGGAGGAGGACGUCUGAACCCAUUGAGAUUGAAGACCGCCUGGAGUCACUGAUAUGUCGUGUGGGAGAGAAGAGUACGUCCUCCUUAGAGAGCAAUUUGGAGGGUCUUGCUGGUGUCCUGGAGGCUGAUCUCCCUAAUUAUAAAAGCAAAAUCCUGCGCAUCUUAUGUGCUGUUGCAAGGCUUUUGCCUGAGAAGUUGACGGUUUACACGACAUUGGUUGGACUUCUCAAUGCUCGCAAUUACAACUUUGGAGGAGAGUUUGUGGAGGCCAUGAUCCGACAACUCAAGGAGACACUAAAAUCAAACCUUUACACUGAGGCUGUUUACUUGGUGCGCUUUCUCAGUGAUCUGGUGAACUGUCAUGUCAUCGCGGCUCCCUCCAUGGUUGCUAUGUUUGAGAACUUUGUCAGUGUCACACAGGAAGAAGACAUACCACAGGUGCGAUCUGACUGGUAUGUGUACGUUGUGCUGUCCAGUCUGCCUUGGGUUGGCAAGGAGCUGUACGAGAAGAAGGAUGUAGAAAUGGAUCGCUUGCUUAACCAAAUCGAGGGAUAUUUAAAGCGGCGUCAGAAGACUCAUGUUCCCAUGCUGCAGGUCUGGACCGCAGAAAAGCCCCAUCCACAGGAAGAGUAUUUGGACUGUCUCUGGGCCCAGGUGCAGAAGCUGAAGAAGGACCGCUGGCAGGAACGUCAUAUCCUGCGGCCUUAUAUUGCAUUUGACAGUGUGCUGUGUGAAGCCCUGCAGCACAACCUGCCCCCUUUCACACCUCCAGCCCACUCUGAUGAUGCUGUCUACCCCAUGCCUCAUGUUGUCUUCCGCAUGUUUGACUACACUGAUGCCCCAGAGGGGCCAGUGAUGCCAGGAAGUCAUUCAGUCGAGCGCUUUGUGAUUGAAGAGAACCUGCACUGCAUCAUCAAGUCUCACUGGAGGGAGAGGAAGACCUGUGCUGCCCAAUUGCUCAGCUACCCUGGAAAAAACAAGAUACCCCUUAACUACCAUAUUGUGGAGGUGAUAUUUGGCGAGUUAUUCCAGCUGCCCGUUCCUCCUCACAUUGAUGUCAUGUACACUGCGUUGCUCAUUGAGCUCUGCAAACUGCAACCGGGCUCUUUACCGCAAGUCCUCGCUCAAGCCACAGAAAUGAUGUACAUGAGGCUGGACACAAUGAACACAAGCUGUAUAGACCGACUCAUCAGCUGGUUCUCGCAUCAUUUGAGUAACUUCCAGUUCAGAUGGAGCUGGGAUGACUGGGCUGACUGCUUGACUCAAGAUCUUGAGAAGCCCAAACCCAAGUUUGUUAAAGAGGUUUUGGAAAAGUGUAUGAGGUUGUCGUACCAUCAGCGGAUAGUGGACAUAGUUCCUGCAAGUUUCUCUGCCCUGAUCCCUGCUGAGCCUCUGUGCUUUUAUAAAUAUGGAGAGGAGAACAGCACUUCAUUACCAGGAUUUCCUGUGGCAACCACAGUGAGUAACGCUAUCAAAAACCGGGCGUCUAAUGAGGAGAUUCUUAUUAUUCUAAAAGACGUCCCUAAUCCCAACCAGGAUGAUGAUGAUGAUGAGGGCGAUGGCUUCAACCCUCUAAAGAUUGAAGUGUUCCUGCAGACGCUGCUCCAUUUGGCUGCAAAGUCCUUCAGUCAUUCCUUCAGUGCCCUGGCCAAGUUUCAUGAGGUUCUAAAGGCCCUCACAGACUGUGAUGAGGGGAAGCUGCACAUCCUCCGGGUUCUGUACGAGUUCUGGAAGAACCACCCUGAGAUGAUCUCAGUGUUGGUGGACAAGUUUAUUCGGACCCAGAUCGUGGAUUGUGCGGCCGUGGCCAACUGGGUGUUCUCUCCUGAAAUGGCUCAUGAUUUCACCAGGUUUUAUGUGUGGGAGAUUCUUCAUUCAACCAUCCGGAAGAUGAACAAACAUGUGCAGAAGAUCCAGAAAGAGCUUGAUGAGGCAAAAGAAAAGCUGGAGAAGCAACAGAACAAAAAGCAGCGGGACAGCGGUGAUGAAGAAGACAUGGAGAAGAACAAUGAGGAUGAGGAGGGUCAGUUGGAGGAACAGAUCGAGAGGCUGCAGGAGAAAGUCGAGUCAGCCCAGAGCGAGCAGAAGAACCUUUUCCUUGUUAUUUUCCAGCGCUUCAUUAUGUUACUGACAGAGCACCUGGUUCGCUGUGAAACGAGUGGCGUAGACAUCAACACCACCUGGUACAAGAACUGCAUCGAGAGGCUGCAGCAGAUCUUCCUCAUGCAUCAUGUGAUCAUCCAGCAGUAUAUGGGCACCCUGGAGAACCUGCUGUUCACCGCUGAGCUCGACCAUCACAUCCUGACUGUUUACCAGCAGUUUUGUGCUCUUCAGCUCUGAGAUCCCACAGUGCAUCAUUCAGACUAUCACACCUGCCUGUUUAUGUGGCAUUUCAAGGUUUAGCAACAUCCAUUAGAAUCAUUGGAGAUGGCUUUCUUUAGUAAUAUUGGGAAAUAUCAGACCUAUUUUGGGGCCCUUGAUAUGUUUCUGUAGUUUUUCCUUUUUGUGUCGUGUGUUUGUUUUUUUUUUUUGUUUUUUUCCUUUUUGUUUUUUUUUCUUUUUAACCCAUUGUCAUUGGCUCUGUGGUGAGUAUAGAUCUUUUUAAAAUGCCCACUGUUUAGAAAACCAUGACGAAGAACAUUGUUUUACUCAAACAACCAUGGUAUGAAACUACUCGGCUGUAUUUUUAUGCGUUUUAUGUCAUUUUGAUUGAAAAAUGGUUGUCGAGUUGGGUCACAAGUGAUUCUGCAUUAUCAAUGGUUUGCCUCUGUAAAGCAGAUUGAGGUCUUUUGCCACCCUAAUGCCAUGUUUUGGACAAAGAAAUGUCUUCCUCUUUUUCUUUUCUCUGUUGUUUUUUUUUACAAAAAUACAAAAAAAAAAAAAAAAAAUCA